CGAUUGGCUCCGCAGCUCGCCCGGGAAGAAAAAGCCGCGUCUGCGUCCUUGUUCGCUUUGCAACCAGCUUGGGUACCUUUGGCAGAGUUGUAGAACAACGGCGGGUUCCGUUAAGCCAAGCAUAAAAAAUAAAAGAAAGCGAUUGGCCAAUUGGCGGCGUCUGCUCUCCUCGAAAGACCGAAGCCGUGAUGGGCAGCUGCUGGCAAAGGCUGGGUCUGGGGGCAUCGCAAGGGAGGAUUUGGGCAUCGCUCCGGAACAAGAUGAGAGAGGAUCGAUCCAUAGGAGACGCUGGGCGAAAAGGACUGCACCUCCGGGCUGGAGUGCCAGGGACGGUCGUCGGUCAUUCCAAAGCUCACCGGCACCAGCUGCAAGGAAAGCCCACAGCCGAUCCCCAAGGCGUUAGUCGCCGGGUGUCUUCUACCUCGGCGGGGGACGGAGACGGAAGGGAUGAGCUCCCAGAACAGGUUAGCGCUAAAUCUCAGCCGGACUCCUUUCGGUUGAGGGAGACGAGCAGGGCUCGGAGAGGGUCGCUGUCGCCCUUAGAAAGGCUGAGCCGGAUGAUUCCCGCGGAACUCCUCUCUGCGGAGGUCAGAGCUCUGAGAAGCGCGGAGGUGAAGGAAUCCAAGUCUCAGGGGUGCGACACGGGCGUCGCAGAGGAGGGAGUCUUUCCUGGAGCAGAUUCCCAGCUGGAUCGAGGCUCGCUGGCCGAGAAAAUGAAAAAUGCGUCUUCGAGGAACUGCCCCUUCCGAGUUGGGGAGCUGAUUCUAAUAGAGGGUCAUGGGAAGCACGGCACGAAUUGGAAGAUCCAAUGCCUGCUCACUGGUACCGGAACGUGUAAUACUAAUGUGGGUUUCAUUAGAUUCUCUGAGAUCGUAGGCAGACUCCCCGGACAGCUGUUCCACACGUCCCGGGGUAAAAUCUUAAUGAUUCGGAGGCCAUCCUUAGAAGAAUAUGUGUUGCUAAUGGAUCGAAAACCUACCAUCAUCUCUCCGAAGGAUGCCAAUACAAUGCUGCUGUUAAUGGAUAUUACUCAAGGGGACACAGUAUUGGAAGCUGGUUCUGGUUCUGGCAGUAUGAGUUUAUUUCUAUCGAAAGCAGUUGGGUCACAAGGUCAUGUUAUAAGUUAUGAAAUCAUAAAACAACAUCACAAAUUGGCAGAGGAGAAUUUUUGCCAGUGGCGUAAUGCAUGGAAGAUAGGACAUGAUAAAGAGUGGCCAAAUAAUGUAGAUUUCAUUAAUCAAGAUAUUUUGACUGCAGCUGAGGAUUUGAAAUCUGUAACACUUGAUGCUGUAGUUCUGGACAUGCUUUCCCCUCAGAAUGCUUUGCCUGUAAUUUUCCCAAGUCUUAAACAAGGUGGGGUCUGUGUUGCAUACUUUGCAAAUAUCACUCAGGUUAUUGAAUUGAUGGAAGCUAUCCGGAUCAGAAAAUUAGCCCUUUUUUGUGAGAAAGUUUUGGAAGUUACACAUAGAGAUUGGCUAAUAUGCCCAGCUACAUGGGAAAAGAGAAAUGUUCUUAAAAACAUAGCAUCUGAACUAAACCUCAAUGAUGAAACUGUUUGUCAUCAUGAAAAUGAUGUUUCUGCUGAAGAGAGAGGAAAUGAAGUUCUUGCUUCUGCCAAUAUAAGAACACCUUACAUUGCUAAGCCUUUCCCAUAUCAAGUUGGUUAUACAGUAUUCCUUGUCAAGCUGAGGAAAUUUAAUUCACUAUAUCCAAACACUGCUCCAGAUGGUAUGUGCCAAUUGGAAGAUCGGGCUUCAUCAGAAAUAACACAUUAGAAGAAAUUUUAUUUGAUAUGAGUAUGAUUUGGGAAACAAUUGAUGUGUUUACAUUGACUAAGAUACAAUAUGUUUCAAUAUACUAAUAUGUUUAACAAAUAAAAGAAAAA